AUGGGAAGUGCAGAAAGGCAGAGGGGCCGUGGGCGGAGGGAGGGCAGAGGGGGGCGGAGGGAGGGCAGAGGGGGCAGAGGGAGGGCAGAGGGGGCGGAGGGAGGGCAGGCAGAGGGGGCGGAGGGAGGGCAGGCAGAGGGGGCGGAGGGAGGGCAGGCAGAGGGGGCGGAGGGGGCGGAGGGAGGGCGGAGGGGGCGGAGGGGGCGGAGGGAGGGCAGAGGGGGCGGAGGGAGGGCAGAGGGAGGGCAGAGGGGGCGGAGGGAGGGCAGAGGGAGGGCAGAGGGGGCGGAGGGAGGGCAGAGGGGCGGAGGGAGGGCAGAGGGGGCGGAGGGAGGGCAGAGGGGGCGGAGGGAGGGCAGAGGGGGCGGAGCGGAGGGCAGAGGGGGCGGAGGGAGGGCAGAGGGGGCGGAGGGAGGGCAGAGGGGGCGGAGGGAGGGCAGAGGGGGCGGAGGGAGGGCAGAGGGGGGCGGAGGGAGGGCAGAGGGGGCGGAGGGAGGGCAGAGGGGGGCGGAGGGAGGGCAGAGGGGGCGGAGGGAGGGCAGAGGGGGCGGAGGUGAGGGCAGAGGGGGCGGAGGGAGGGCAGAGGGGGCGGAGGGAGGGCAGAGGGGGCGGAGGGAGGGCAGAGGGGGCGGAGGGAGGGCAGAGGGGGCGGAGGGAGGGCAGAGGGGGCGGAGGGAGGGCAGAGGGGGCGGAGGGAGGGCAGAGGGGGCGGAGGGAGGGCAGAGGGGGCGGAGGGAGGGCAGAGGGGGCGGAGGGAGGGCAGAGGGGGCGGAGGGAGGGCAGAGGGGGCGGAGGGAGGGCAGAGGGGGCGGAGGAGGGCAGAGGGGGCGGAGGGAGGGCAGAGGGGCGGAGGGAGGGCAGAGGGGGCGGAGGAGGGCAGAGGGGGCGGAGGGAGGGCAGAGGGGGCGGAGGGAGGGCAGAGGGGGCGGAGGGAGGGCAGAGGGGGCGGAGGGAGGGCAGAGGGGGGCGGAGGGAGGGCAGAGGGGGCGGAGGGAGGGGCAGAGGGGGCGGAGGGAGGGCAGCAGAGGGGGCGGAGGGAGGGCAGAGGGGGCGGAGGGAGGGCAGAGGGGGCGGAGGGAGGGCAGAGGGGGCGGAGGGAGGGCAGAGGGGGCGGAGGGAGGGCAGAGGGGGCGAGGGAGGGCAGAGGGGGCGGAGGGAGGGCAGAGGGGCGGAGGGAGGGCAGAGGGGCGGAGGGAGGGCAGAGGGGCGGAGGGAGGGCAGAGGGGCGGAGGGGAGGGCAGAGGGGCGGAGGGAGGGCAGAGGGGCGGAGGGAGGGCAGAGGGGCGGAGGGGAGGGCAGAGGGGCGGAGGGAGGGCAGAGGGGCGGAGGGAGGGCAGAGGGGCGGAGGGAGGGCAGAGGGGCGGAGGGAGGGCAGAGGGGCGGAGGGAGGGCAGAGGGGCGGAGGGAGGGCAGAGGGGCGGAGGAGGGGGCAGAGGGGCGGAGGGAGGGCAGAGGGGCGGAGGGAGGGCAGAGGGGCGGAGGGAGGGCAGAGGGGCGAGGGAGGCAGAGGGGCGGAGGGGCAGAGGGGCGGAGGGAGGGCAGAGGGGCGGAGGGAGGGCAGAGGGGGCGGAGGGAGGGCAGAGGGGCAGAGGGGAGGGCAGAGGGGGCAGAGGGGAGGGCAGAGGGGCGGAGGGAGGGCAGAGGGGCGGAGGGAGGGCAGAGGGGCGGAGGGAGGGCAGAGGGGCGGAGGGAGGGCAGAGGGGCGGAGGGAGGGCAGAGGGGCGGAGGGAGGGGCAGAGGGGCGGAGGGAGGGCAGAGGGGCGGAGGGAGGGGCAGAGGGGGGCGGAGGGAGGGCAGAGGGGC